GAAAAUGAUCAAACUUUAGAGCAUACAAUACUUACGGUCAGCAGUCCACAGCAAUGGAGUGUUAUGAGAUAGACGAGUCACCACCAGGAUGAAGGGCUAAGUUUAGAAAACAGUAAUCCAUGAUGUAUGUAUUGGACGCAGUGUCAAUGAGGAAAUGGCACAAAGCGGAGCUGGGGGUGCCAGAAAUAAAGAUGUUGGUUUACUUUGGGAAUCAUCAGGGAUAGAAUUAGAACUGAGCUCAUCAGAGGGAUGGAUAAGGUUCGAUGUUUUGGAGGAAAAAGUUAGAGAGAGACGAUUUAAAUGGUUUGGAUCCGUGCAGAGGAGAGAUAGUGAGUAUAUCGGUAGAAGGAUGGUCAGUAGGGACCUGUCGGGAAAGAGAGCAAGAGGAAGACUGAAGAGAAGUUUGACAGAUGUAGUGAGGGAAGACAUUGAGGGCAAAUGUAUGAUAACUAAAAUACAUAAUUACAUCUUGAGUUGGUGUUAGAGAGGAGGAUGCAGAAGACUUUGAAGAAGACUUGGAAAAAGGAUGACGUACUGUGGCAACCCCGAACAGGAAAAGGCCAAGAGCAAAUGAAGAAGAAGAAAAUACAUUUCAUUUUCAAAUGCAAGUACUGUACAUAAUUUUUCCAUUCCAAAUAUGUCCAGGAUCCAGUUCCCCAAUGAUGGACUCAGCCCAAGGAAGUUUAUCUUUGGCAACAGGUUCUGUGAGAUACUGGUGUUGAAGGUCUCUGAAAUGCCCCAAGAGCAUGCAGAUGUCGGACUUCCUCCUUCCCAGAUGCUGAGCGGGAGCUUGCACUUCAUCCCAACCGGCAGGCAACUGCCCAGGACGCCUCCUCUGUCCGAAGUGAAGAGACGCUUGGUCUUUAUCAAUGAGGAUCAAAAAAGUCACAUUGUGGCAUUCCAUCAGGACACUGAGGGGGACAGCGGCGAGCGCCCUGUUCCGGAUGAGAUUGAGUUCAACACUUCAGCCACAAAACCAGCUUUGUCUGCUUACCCUGACACCUUACUGAACGGCAUGAAGGGGUAUGAGAUAACAUCCGGUGACCUGGACUUCUUGAGGAAGAUUCAAGUGGAGAAACACGUCAAGGAGCUACGGGCAGAGCUGGAGGUGGUGCGAAACGUGCUGCAAAGGGAGCUGGUCUUGGAGCCGAUGCUGACCUCCAGCGAGAACGUGCAAGCUGAUCUGGACAAAUCUUCAUCAUACUCGGAGCUCGUGGAGCACCACAAGCAGGUGCUUGGAAUCAUGUUGUCAUCAGUCAAAGUGUUGGAGCGAAAGGCCACGUCACUGCUGGCGGUAGUAACCAAGGAAGAUGUGGAUCGGGCACCGAGCAAGAAAAAGAAGAAGAAGAAGAAGCAGCAGCAGCAGCAGGCACUCAGUCAUAUGGAGAAGGACAUUAUUCGGACAAAGGAGGAAUCAAAGGAGACGGAACAGUUGGUGAAACAACUUGUUGGUUGCCAGAUGCUGAUUCAGCAACUAACGAGAAACAUGUCAGAACUCAACUCUAAACUAGCUCAACCAGAGAUUGAGAGAAGAGAGGCUGUUAACCUCGUAGCGCCAAAGACGGAUCUGCCCGCUGGCAAGAACCCAGCAGGCAAGGACGCAAGUAAGAGUGCAUACAAACCCCAACGAUCCCCUUCAAAAUCCACGGUGGAGAGGGCUCCCAAAGAAGCCGUGGGGCAGCAGAAACUGGCAGAUAACUCGAAACUUGAACGAGGGAGACCCAAGGCCGUCAGUCGCGCAAAGGCCACAGCGUCGAGGGCCGUCAGUCGCGCAAAGGCCGCAGCGUUGCAGGCGGAAAGUGGCAAAGAGGCAGACAACGCGAAGCAUCCUGAGCCAGCAAGAAGGCCACUAGAGCAUCAGCAGGAGACGAACCAACUAAAUAUUGUUCUUAGACGCUCCAAGAGGAUUGCAGAGAGGCAAUUGCAGACAACCAAAUGUGCCCCCUGA